AGCCGAUCCCUUAUAAUCGUUAGAGGGGGUAAAAUUUUACUCCACGGCCUCCCCGACUCAUAAAAAUACUCCUCCGUGACUUCCUUCGCGUGCGUGGCCGCCUGGCGACUCGUGUGAAGCCCCCUUGUCAAGCACUCCCUCGACGGUGGCUUUGGGCCUCGCCGGCAACCUCGUCGGCGACCUUACAGCCCUUUUCCCUCGUCUGGCGUAGGCGCAGGCGCCGACGCAUGCUGGUGGAUACCUUCUCGUCUGCGACCGGCAGGCCGACGAGCACGAACCUUUCCAUGGCCGCCACGGUCGCCCGGCACUCUUUCUCCCGAAGCAGAGCCUCCACCGGCACCUCCCUCGUCCGGCCGGCGACGAGCGUCCCCGCCCAGUCCGUGACCAGCACCAUCCGGGCCGGCCGUUCAUCACCUCCAGCGCGUCGUCAGGUGCGACUGCCCGUCCCGGCUCCGGCGUGCCAGCCCGAAGUCCGCCACGCGCAUGCACUCCACGCCGUUGUGCAUGUAGUGUAUGUACUCCAGCCCCCUCGCUUCACGCCGUAGUGCAUGUAGAUCUUCGUAGUGGUAGAUCCCGGCUUCAUGCCGUAGUGCAUGUACUCCAGCCCCUCGCCACGUCGAGGAUCACGCUCCUCUGCUGCGCCCAUAGCAGCACCACCGAUCCGUCCGCGAUCACGCAGUGGUACAGGACGCCGAACCCGCCGCGGCCACACGGGUAACCGAAGGCUAGACACGGCGGUGAUCGGCAGCACCGACAAUGGUGACCGGGCACGUGACCUACUGCGACAUGCGUGUCCGACAUGCUCUCCGACGUUGAUGGUGUGGUCGCCAUCAUCGCUGCUUGCUGCAUAGCAAGUGUUUCAUGAAAUGCUUAAGCCAAAUAAAUUUUUACUCCGUUAAAUUUAGGGGGUCGGCUAGGAACGGCCAUUUUUUAAGGAGCAUAUCUGCUCGUUACUCGGCCGUUUACUCCUUUAGAAUUUAGGGGAUCGGCGAUGCCCUAGGGCAUAUCAGUUUCUGGAUCUUAGAGAGCAACGACACCCUGACCUCCUCUCCAUGUGAAGAACAUGGAGAGGCACAAACCUUGCAAUUAAAACCCAAACUACUAGAAAGCUAAUACUUUAAGAUGUAAAGAGGGGAGAAUGUGAUUAGUUUUCUUAUCUCAAAAGGGUAGGCUCCUCAAGAGCAAAAAAAUCUAUGAACUUGCACAAAUGUGCACAUUGGUCACGAACUUGCAAAGCUGAGAAAACAUGUGUCGAACCUGCCAGACUGUCUGAGGGGAUUACCAGCCUUAGAGAAGUUCAACAUAACAAAGCAAAACAAAAUAAAAGAGCGUACCUACUACUCUAUGAUCAACACCAAACAAGGGAUCAUCUUCUCAACCAACUUCCAUCAGCUAACACCGUCUUAGUCCACUUGAGUGGUUCGGCAUAUAUAGCAAGAUGUGGAUCUUAGAGAGCAACAACACCGUGACCGCCUCUGUUUUACCGGCAACCGGAUCUUCCAUUGCUGGCUUUGUGAAGAACAUGGUAAGGAGAGGCACAAACUUUGUGAUUAAAAUUUAGAAAGUUUUUUUUUUUGAGGGAGUGCCAUCAUGGCAGUUUUUAUUUGAUAUCAAAUAAGGAUAUAUUGUUCAAUAAGGGAUAGAAUGGAGGAAGGCGUAUUAUUCAUCCACAAGCUCGAAGGAUUAACUCCGUUUGAGCGAAAGUUAAUAUGAGAUAGAGGGAGUAAUACUUAAGAUGUAAAGAAAAAAAAGGAAGAUGCAAUUAAUCGUCUUAUCUCAAAGGAAUGCAUACAUUAGCUGCAUUUGGAAUUAAUUGUUGUGGCCGGCUUAGUGGAACAAGUAAAAUCUCCACAACUAACUUGAUUCCAUCGUGAGGACAUCAAAGGUCAGAAACCGCCAAUAAUAAGUCUUUGGUAGAGAGUUUUGGGCCUUGCACUAGGGCUUUCUACAGGACCUGCCUCGGCCCUUGAUUGUGGGUGCAUAGGCUUUAACACGAUGCACACAAAUAAACUUGAAUGGAUUUCUUCAAAUGCAUAAAUAUGUAAAGCAUAAACUCAGGCGCCCACUAUUGCACUGCACAUUUGCGUUUCCUUAUUUCGUUGAAGAUCACAAAAGGUACAGUUGCCUUAAAUAUUGGUCGGUGCACGAACGAUUUACUAUAGACAAUUGUUCUAAAAUUACCAUAUGCUGCCUUAAAUAGCGCUGAUCUGGAACAAACCUCUUUUUUCUAAUGUUGAUACUGCAUACUGUCAAACUGAUUGCACAUCAGAUACAUCGUACAUGGAUCAUGAGGUCCUGGAGCGUAUACUUGAUGGAAGAGAGAAGCCGACAAAUCUAUCACUUGCACUUUUGAAGGAUAUCACAGAAAAUUUCUCAGAUGAUCGAGAAAUCGGUCACGGUGGAUUUGCAACUGUUUAUAAGGGAGUGGUUCGUAAUGGGAACGUUGCUGUUAAAAGGAUAAGGAACAGUCAUUCAAUCAAUGAGACUUUAUUUUAUCGAGAAGUCGACAGCCUGUUGAACAUUAAACAUAAAAAUGUCGUACGCUUUCUUGGCUUCUGUGCUAGCACAGAUCAGAUAGCCAUACAAAUUGCAGGAUCAAAACGACAUAUUUAUGCUGAGGUAAGAGAAAGACUACUCUGUUUUGAGUAUAUCAGCAAUGGAAGUCUACAAAAGUAUGUUACUGAUGAAUUAAGAGGACUGGAAUGGAAUACACGCUAUGGAAUAAUUAGAGGAAUCUGUGAAGGUUUGCAUCAUCUGCACACGGAGAAGCACAUAUAUCAUAUGGAUUUGAAACCUGGCAAUAUACUACUAGAUAAUGAUAUGGUGCCGAAAAUCACAGAUUUCGGUUUAUCAAGACUUGAUGAAAAGUCAAAAACCAUGAGUGAAGACCGUCUCGGAUCACUAGGAUAUUGUGCUCCAGAGUACAUAUCUGAAGGGAAAAUGUCAUUCAAAUCAGACAUGUACAGUUUGGGCAAAAUAAUCAUUGAGCUAGUGACGGGAGGAAAGGAGAUCCUCAAUAAUAGCAACACUGUACUUAGGAGAUGGAGACACAGAUGGAAAAAAUCAGGAAAGGAAACACCAUUGGUCUACCAACAAGUAGCAAAAUGCAUCGAAAUUGGGUUACUCUGCCAAGAACGUGAACCAUCCAAGCGGCCCUUUAUAUGGGAUAUAAUAAAUGAUAUCAGCCACAUGGAAGUUUUAAACGAGGAAAUCAACAAUGCCAACGAAUAUACAUCUGGGAAGAUAAGCUCUUGCCUAGAGGAGGAUGAUAUGCUUGGAAUUGAGCCACUCAAACUACAUUUCCCUUUUGCCCUUAACAAACAGAUGUCAUGCGAGAUUCAGCUAACCAAUGAGACAGACUCUUACAUUGCCUUCAAUGUCCAAAAUAUGAGCCCCAAGUCAUACAACACACAACCACAGAAAGACAUUAUGCCACCACGGUCCAAGUGUAACAUUGAAAUAACACUGCAGGCACAAGGCAAUGUGCCAAUAGAUAUGCAGCGUGCCAAUGAGUUUGUUGUGUGGAGCACCAAAGUGAAUGAUGGUAUUGCAUUUGAGGAUAUUACUAAAAGCAUGUUCAUCAAAGAGACAGUCAAUGUGGUUGAUGAGGUGAAUUUAGAUGUGGUUUUUGAUGUAAGUGGGCCACAAGAAGCAAGUGACAAAAUUAGUGAGGGCAAUGCCCUCACAGAUCGUGCCAAUGAAUCUACUGUGUGGACCAAAGUGAUGAUUGAUGGCCUUGCAAUUGAGGAUAUAACUACAAACAAGCUCAUUAAAGAGGCGGACACCAUGGUUGAUGAGGUGCAUUUGGAUGUGGUUCUUGAUGCCAAUGAGACAAUGCCACCUUUAAUACAGAUCAUAGAUGAUACAGCUGGGAAAAUCUAUUGCAUAGAUGCACAUCAGAAAGAGCCGUUCAUUAUAGUGGGUACCUCACUUGGGAAUGUUAAGACAUGGAACUAUGACACACAGGCAAGUUACUGUAUUGCUUUGGUAGUUACUAUUUAAGACAAAGAAAGAAAUUUAUUACCUCGUGCCCUCUGUACAAAAAAGAUGCUCGCAGCCCAAGCAAUUUUGAUUUUAUUCAUAAGAGCAUAUGCAGUUUCUUUUGAUUGCCAAAUACCAGGAAAAGCCUGUGUUUGGUGAUGGUAGAUGGCAAAUGUUUUUACCCACUGUUUUCUCAUGGCAGUAUUUCAGCAGUUAUUGAGUGUGUAUUUAGGUCAUAUUUGCUUACAUUGGACUAACAAUUUAGUCAGUUGUGUUUACUGGCAGAAAGUGGCCGGUUUGACUAAGGUCUCAGCAGAACCUGGCAAGCUCUCUGACUUGUUUGUCGACAUAAGUUUCUUUCACCAUAUGUACACUGAUAUGCUAAUAAGAUGAUAGUUCUCACUGCAGUUACGGAUGUUAAGUUCAUUGCACGAAAGGGAUGGUUUGUGGCAGUGUCAUCUGACUGUGUCGUCCAUGUGUACCACUACGAAAAGGAAAUGCGAAAAGUCACGAGUUUCAGAGCUCUGGGUCGUGCAGACGUUUGGUGUACAUUAGCCGUUCAUCCAACCCAGCCGUAUGUGCUGUCAGGAUGUGCUACGGAAAUAAAGCUUUGGGACCUGAAUUGCAUACAGACAUUUGAAGAGCACUCGGCUGCUAUCAUGGCCCUGAAAUUUAACCCGGAGGACACCAACAGUUUUGCAAGUGCUUCGCAUGAUACUACAAUAAAGGUUUGGAGUAUUGAUUCUCCCAAAUCCAAGUAUACUUUGUUUGGGCAUAGGCAUGUAGUGAACUUCCUGGAUUUCUUCACGCGUGAUGGUCAGCAGUAUUUGAUUAGUGGCUCUUGGGAUGCGACUGCCAAGAUAUGGGACAUGGACAAGAAGGAGUGCGUUCAUACACUUGAACAUGAGUCUGCAGUUUUUCAGGUCGUUUCCCAUCCCAAUCUUCCAGUUCUAAUUACAGGUACAAAGGAUGGUGAUGUUCAUGCGUGGAGCUCAAAUGAUUUCAGGCUCAAGAGAAUACAUAACUUUCAUGAUAGUGGAUGGGUUGUGGGUCUCGCAUGUUUGGUGGGAUCAGGAAGGCUUGUAGUUGCACACAAAACUGGAGUGUCGUUGAUGGAAAUUCGUGAUGAAGAAGAACAAGGUGGUAGCACAGGCAGCAAUGAGAAUUCCUUAUCAGCGACAAAUUUGGAAAUCCAAAGCUAGUACCACUUUGGAGUAUAACUCAUUUUUCUCGAAGUGAUACAUAUGGCACGUCUACGUAGUUGACCAUCAUGUCCAGCAUCACGAAUUCCUAGAUCUGGAAUUUGAACUAUUGCUUUUUGGAGAUGAAAAGUGUCGCUCGGAGCUCAACAACCAGCCAACUCUCUCACAGAGGUGGGCAUUAUCUAGAUUGUGUGUAGAAGAUGAUGGUUUCAUGAAGAUUAGUUAUUUUUGCUCGAGAGUGAAAGGGUAUAUACAUUUGCUUGAAAAUGGUCUAGGUGAUGACUUCUGAAUGAAGAGAUACGCUAUAAAGUAACAAUCUCAUGGUUGGGGAUCCGAUCCACCUAUGUAUUAUACUAUAGAUUAAAGGUAAUUUACGGGUUAAUCAGAAAAAAGAGAAU